CAUAAACCGUGAGUAUAUAAUUAAUUGGAGAAAAUGGGAAACAAUAAUCCACCUCCACCUCCACCUCCCAAACUUGAAUUUGAUCAACCAUGGAGGAGAAUGCCUUGGGGAGAAAAGGACAAAAUUGAAAAGAAACUGAGGACAUUCAAGCUCAAGGGAACAAGUGCUCGGUUCGUCAGGAUUCUGGUUGUUGGUGAAGUCGGAGCAGGAAAGUCCAGUUUUAUAAACUCAGUCAAUAAUGUGUUUCAAAGACGAAUCACCUCUGGGGCUCUUGUUGACAAGACAGGAGGUACAAGUACCAGUUUCACAAAGAAUUACAAAACUCAUUAUAUUGAAGCAGAAGAUGGCUCCAGUUUGCCUUUUGUCUUUAAUGAUAUCAUGGGACUUGAGGACAGAGAGUCUGGUGCAAAAGCAGACGACAUCAUCAGAGCCAUAAAAGGGUUACUUGAGGAAGGACACAAUCUUGAUACACCUGUGACGGACAUUCAUUAUAGAAGCAACCCAACUGUCGAGGAUCACACCACAUGCCUGGUCAACAUUGUUGCUGCAGACAAAAUAUCAAUGAUGAAUGAUGGGGUCAUUGAUAAGCUUAAAAAAAUUCGUGUGGCUGCUACGGAACGGAAUAUGCCUCAAGUAAUCAUCAUGACAAGACCAGAUGUAGCAUGUCCACUGGUUCAACAGGACUUAAGGAAGAUCUACACCAGCAAGAAGAUCAAGGAGAAGAUGGAAGUGUGUAGUUAUAGGCUGGGGAUUCCUAUGAAUAACAUUUUCCCUGUAAAGAACUACCAUGAGGAGAUAGACACAGAUGAUGACAUGGAUCUUCUGAUUCUCAAGGCACUUGAUCAGAUUGUACACAUGGCUGCUGACUUGUUGAAGGAAAAAUCAUUUAAAUCUGGUGAAGAAAUUUUACCAGAAUUUGAUCGUCCAUGGAGGAGAAUGCCUUGGGGAGAAAAGGACAAAAUUGAACAGAAACUGAGGACAUUCAAGCUCAAGGGAACAAGUGCUCGGUUCGUCAGGAUUUUGGUUGUUGGUGAAGUCGGAGCAGGAAAGUCCAGUUUUAUAAACUCAGUCAAUAAUGCUUUCCAAGGACGAAUCACCUCUGAGGCUCUUGUUGACAGGACAGGAGGUAUCAGUUUCACAAAGAACUACAAAACUCAUUAUAUUGAAGCAAAGGAUGGCUCCAGUUUGCCUUUUGUCUUUAAUGAUAUUAUGGGACUUGAGGACAGAAAGUCUGGUGCAAAAGCAGAGGACAUCAUCAGAGCCAUAAAUGGGUUACUUGAGGAAGGACACAAUCUUGAUACACCUGUGACAGACGUUAACUACAGAAGCAACCCAAGUGUCGAGGAUCAAACCACAUGCCUGGUCAACAUUGUUGCUGCAGACAAAAUAUCAAUGAUGAAGGAUGGGGUCAUUGAUAAGCUGAAAAAAAUCCGUCAGGCUGCUUCGGAACGGAAUAUGCCUCAAGUAAUCAUCAUGACAAGACCAGAUUUAGCAUGUCCACUGGUUCAAAAGGACUUAAGGAAGAUUUACACCAGCAAGAAGAUCAAGGAGAAGAUGGAAGUGUGUAGUAAUACUGUGGGGAUUCCUAUGAAUCACAUUUUCCCUGUGAAGAACUACAAUGAGGAGAUAGAAACAGAUGAUGACAUGGAUCUUCUGAUUCUCAAGGCACUUGAUCAGAUUGUGCACAUCGCUGCUGACUUGUUGAAGGAAAAAUCAUUUAAAUCUGGUGAAACUGAUUAGGGACUCAGAUCACAAUGCCUCUGUGUAUAAAUGUAACCCAAAGUGAUUUACACAGCAUUUAAAAAACACAGUAGGAGACACGACUAUAAACAGAGAUCUAAAAUUACAGAACAGACUGAUAUCAAAUCAGUAGGUGGAUAGGUGGAUAGGUGGAUCAGAUAGGUGGAUUCUAUCAUUAGAGGGUUUAGCAAACUAUUAACAAACGGGUCAAUGAUAAUAAAUAUAUUCUCUGAUCAUUUACAUUUCAGCUUUUUACUGCAAAUGUCACAUCCACAACACUGGAAUUGGUCAACUAUGAGAAAGUUUUGUUGUGAAGUAUUAAUGUCAGUCUCAGUCAUGCAGACAAUCAGAUCAGUUCAGCCACUGGACAAUCAGAUUUGAAAAUCAGAUAAAUUAGCAUUAAGGUCUGUUUCUGUCUUUGGUUUGCUUUGUGUUUGGUGCAUUGUUGUCUUUAUUUACACAAUUUAACAGAUUUCUAAUGUUUAAUAUCCUUUUUGCUCCACAAAACACAACAUAAAAAAACACAGAUGUAAUAUUAGACAUAUCUAAACUUCUAUACUAUAUAAAUAAAUUCUGAGGUGUUAAAA